UAUAGGUAUGCGUGUCACUGUGACCUCAUUAUAAGAAGCAUUAUGAGUGACAGAGAACGAUAUUGUGACUCCUGAGUCUGUGGUAGUGGACUGACUUUCUUAAGGUUUGCAUCAUUGACAUCUGCAUCGACGAUGGCGUGGACGGUGUCUCUGAGUAACCUGGUGUUAGCAGUCUACGGAUUCACACUGAUCACAGGCCUUCCCUCCAAUGUCUUGGCUUUCUACACCUUCUUUAAGAAGAUCCGCCAGCGCUCCACCCCGAUGGACGUGCUGUUACUCAGUUUAACCAUCUCUGACCUGAUCUUCCUCUUCUUCCUGCCGUUUCGCAUGGUGGAGGCAGCCAACAUGAAAUGGACGCUGCCUUACUUCCUCUGCCCGCUGUCGGGAUUCAUCUUCUACUCCACCAUCUACAACAGCACCUUCCACCUGACGGCCAUCAGCGUGGAGCGCUACCUGGGUGUGGCUUUCCCCAUUAAAUACAAGCUCAAACGUAACUCUCGAAACGCCGUGAUAGCCAGCGUCAUAUUCUGGGUGAUCUCCAUGGCGCACUGCAGUAUCGUCUACAUCAUGCAAUACCACGAUCAUAUGAACCCCAACUUCACCGAUCCGUCAAAACGUAACACCUGCUAUGAAGAAUUCUCUGAGGAACAGCUCAAGAUCCUCCUGCCUGUUCGCCUGGAGCUUUUCGCGGUGCUCUUCGUAACGCCAUUCCUCAUCUGCUGCUUCUGCUACAUCAAAUUCAUCCACAUCCUCUCCAAUCUGCCCAACAUCAACGCCAAGAAGCGGUAUAGAGCCAUCGGGAUGGCGUUGGGCACGCUUCUGGUCUUCAUUAUCUGCUUCAUGCCCUAUAACGUCUCACACGUGGUUGGAUAUGUAGGCAAUUACAGCCCCGACUGGCGAGUGUUUGCGCUGCUCACCAGCACGUUCAAUGCGUGCCUCGAUCCAUUCAUAUUCUACUUCUCUUCUUCAGCGCUUAGAGGAACUUUUAAGAACGUCUUCCAGGAGCUGUCGAGGAGGCUUGCCCAUAUCAUGCCCUGCUGUCGCUCGCCUCUCUAUUGCCCUCUGUUGAGCUGUUCAAGUACAGAGGAGAAAACUCAGAGCACGACCGACAGCUCUCUGUAACAUCACAAGCCGGGACUUGCCAAACGUGACUUAAUCCGAGAAGUAUCAGAAGAGCACCAUAUGGGCCAGUAUUUUUCUGUGUUUUCUUCUGACUGCUCAUGACGAUCAGUCCAAAGCAAAUGAACAUAAUUCUGAUGCACAGCUUAAUGGACCUGUAUAAUGGGCCACUAUUACUAUGAAGGUUCCAGUGUUUUUUCCAUUCAUUUUUCCCAUAGGGAUUUAAAAAAGUCUUUGUUAAAGCACUAUAAGCUGUGAAUCAAACCAACCAGCUAUGAGGGGGAUUCACAGCAUUACAAACUUUGAAAUGAAACAAAACAAUUUAAAAAAAUGAGACAAAAAGACAAAGGUACAAGAUUUAACUUUACAAGAUUUUAUAGAGGGGGAACUACCAUGAAGCAUUGUGAACUACAGAAACAAAUUUAAAAUGAUGGAGAAAUAUAAAACUAUUAAUUUAAUGUUGAAACAAUAUAUUUAAAAUGUAUUACAAAAUAUGCAUAUAUAUAUAUAUAUAUAUAUAUAUAUAUAUAUAUAUAUAUAUAUAUAUAUGCAUAUAUAUAUACAGUAUAUGAGAUUUGCUCACUGUGACUCGCUGAUUGGUGGAAUUUUCUGUACAGCAUCAUGGGUACUAGUUUUUUUUUUGCCACAAAUUCAGCUGUUAAGCAGUUAACAACCUUGAAUCUCACAGUAGUUCUGUCUUUAAAGGUUUAUAAGUUAUCAUUCAAAAUAUUAUUUUUUUUUCUGUGGAGAAAAUGAAGGAGUUUUACUUCUUGAACCCAACUAUUGCCUGCUAUAACUUAUAUAAUAUUACUUUUGCAUCUAUUGGGGUUCAACAUGCCCUCAACUUAGACUUUCUGGUAAAGCUAGUUGACCUUGGUUGUCUUCCUGGUGAAGCAGCCUAAAGCGGGCACGUUUUUUAAUGCUGAUAUCGAUCCUAAUGGAAAAUGCUCAAGCAGGUUUAUUGAGUGUUUUCUGCCAGGAUCAGUAUCAUUAUCAGGUAAAUGCACCUUCGGGGAGCUUAUGCUGUCUAUAGCUGGGCAUUCAAUGUAUGCAGCUCUAGCACCACCAAAUAAAAUAAUGACAUUUCACACUUCCUCAAUUUCACACCAUUGGUUGAUCCAAUAUUAUAUCCUGCCACUCAAACAAUCAGAUUGCAAACCACCUGAAUGUUUUUGCGUUUCUCUUUAUAAUAAUAAUUUUUGUAAAUCAGUUCUCCUGCUGCAUAAACUUCACAGCAUACAUAUAAUAAUUGUAUGAACUUUUCUCCUGACACACUAUAUCAUUUAAGUUCUUAUAUUUUGCUUUUUCUUUAAAAUUGUAUUGAUUAUUGAUUAUUUUCCAUUUAAGUUUGUACUGUGAAUAUAUGAAUUGUUACCCCUUUCUUUGCAUUCAAAUGUUUUUUUCUUUUAUUAAAUACAUUUCAUAUCUAAGUUUAUUUUAAAGUUGUUGUGGAUGUGAAUAUGUAAUCAUUAAAUUGUUAAUUUUAUACAAGAGCAGAUAAGAUAACCUUAUUUGGAGCUGCAGUCUAUAGACUUUUUACUUUGUCAUUUCUACUAAAUAAAAAUAUGCAAAAAAUAA